AUGAGGAUUGGUAUCAUUAUAAGAGAUGAAGAAGGAAAGGCUUUGGUAGCUGAGUGUGAUCUAAAGAAUAAUGUGGUAAAUGCAGUUGUUGCAGAGAGUUUGGUCUUGAGGAAAGCAAGUGAAUUGUGCUCAGAACUCAAUAUUCAAGAAGCUAUCUUUGAGGGCAAUGCAAAGGAAGUUGUUGAGGCUGUUCUAAGUGAGGAAGAAGUUGUUCUUGACUAUAGUUCUAUCAUUGAAGAUGUUAAGUUUCAUUUCAGAAAUAUGACACAUUGGUUUAUUCAAUUUGUUAGUAGGAAAAAGAACACAGUAGCUCAUACUUUAGCAAAUAAAGCUUUAGAGAUAGGAGAAGAACUAGUUUGGAUAGAAGAGGUCCCGGACUUCAUUGUGGGAUGCCUUCUUGAUGAUACAAAUUGUAACACGUAA